UUCAAAAAUGCUGAGCUGUGACUAUUGUCCUUUGAAAUUCGAAGAGCAGGAAGAAUUGGACAAUCAUAUUCAAGUAUGUAAUGCCAAAAAAUCAUCCAUUCUACGGAAAUUCAAACAACAGCAAGAAAUUCUUGUUAAAACACGUGAUGAAGAACCUGUGAUUGUGCCGCUGUUUUCCUGUAAACACUGUUUCGAUAUUUUCAAGAGUGUGAUAGAACUUUUCGAGCACAUCCAAAUAUGUAAUGCGAGAAUCCACAGAUACGCAACGGUAUUACCUUCAUGUGUCUCUUGUUUUCAACAAUUCUAUUCGCUAGAAGACUUAAAUAAUCACAUUUCGCAAUGUCCGAGAAGAUCAGACAGUUACGUAUGUCCGGAUUGCGGAGAUUCGUUCUGGACCAGACAUGAAUUUCAAGCGCAUUUUCAUUCUUAUUGUCGGAGAGAAAAACGUCAAAGGUGGCAGUAAAAUUGUAGCACACGUUUGCUCUCUUAUAUCUCUCUGUCAUAUUAAAAAGAACAAAAAACAUCGAAGACAUACAUACACAGAAACAUGCCUCGUAAGCUCCUCGUAAGUCAACGUCGAGUUUUCAGCGACGCGUUCCGUUCACAGCGGUCGCAUUUUGUUACAAGCCAAAGCGAAAGGGUUAAAAUGAAAACGAAUAACAAUGUGUCACAGAGAAUUGUAGAAGAUGCAAGACAAGUGCUACAAACAAUAAUCCUUUUUGCAUACUCAGGAUGUAAAU